AAAGAACGGUUUGUUACUGGUGUGUUCCGUGAAUAGUAACGAUAUUAAUUAUUGUGAAAUCUUUACGAAUAUGAGUCCCUGCAACAUAAUUUCAUGUUUUUCUGUAUUAUUUCGUAAACCGUCCAAGAGGGUCGAUGAAAAAACAACUUGUAAUUCGAAUACAUUUUGCCCUCGCUUGAAGCGACUCUUUUCUCGUAGGAAGAAAAAUCAGUUUUCGUUUAAAACUGAAGUGCAGGGUACUGUGCUUAGCCAUAAUGCGACUCAGUCUCGUGAACUUUCGGGAUCCAUGGAGGAAAUUGAUUUAAAUGUUACCAGUUCGGCCGUGUCGGAGCAAGCCAAAACCGAUCAUUCAAAUUUGAAGAGACUAAGAACCGUUUCCUCGCGUUUGAGAAAUGUGAUGAAAAAAUCACAGGAAUGUCAGGACACACUGGCACUCCAGCAGGAUUUGAAUCGUUUAAAAAGUGUUGCUGACAAAAUUGAAAAGUACGAAGAGUUUGAACUGAAAGAAAUGAAAUCCUCGCCAAUAAAGAUUUCUGAACCUACACCAGUAUAUGAUCCCGGUACCAUUCAAAUCCACCCGGGAUCUGGAAAACCAAUUUCCUCACCCAUCGACAUACCAAAUGUUGCUGUUGAGCAUCAGCUGAACAUUGUGAUUUCUGCGGAAAUUCAUAAUAAUUGCAAUGAAGAAGAUAAAACAAUUUGCGAUAACACAGCGUCGAUUAGCAAUGACCUGCUGAGUGUAACUGAAGAUAUUCGAACUAACGAACAGACGAUUCCCAUUCCGGAAAAUGAGUUGCCACCCCCAAUUCCGGAAAAACAAAUUAAGCUGCCACGAGUUGUGUGUUUUCAUCUAAAACCGGAAGUACAAGAGGAUUCAAUGGAGGUAAUAACGGUUGACAAGCUAUUCCCAGAAGACCAACCGCGUAUUUUGCUACAUGCCGGUCAAUUUGCACCAAAUCAAAACGAUCCAAUUCCACAGUGCCUACAAAACAUUUACUGGAAUUUUCAUCUACCUAAUGUACCUCGGCGUCCUUAA